CACAGGAGGUGGCGGUGUGCAGAAGAAGAAUCUUCAAGGAAAGUCAUCGCACUCGGCUUACACCGCUUCCGGGCAGCUAUUUCAGUCCUAUCUAGUUGAAUUGAAAAGAUCAAAAGUCGCUCGCCAAAGUCACGAUAAUACGAUAUAUAAAUUUUUACUGGAAGGUGGGACUUCCUGCGGCUGUACUGAGCGUUGCACUUUUCCGCAUUCACAGUUUUUCGGACAGUGGCGGGUUGUUAUAAUGUAGUCUUUGUUGUUCUCCAGGCCACUGGAGGCGCUGAUGUGACUGUAGAUCCUUCAGACAUCCAUCAGGCGCGAGUUUAAACAUUCAAACAAAACAUUUGACAUCGAGAUUUUAACCUUCAGAAUACAUUAAAACACACAAUUUUGUGUUUUGGUCAGGUCUUAGGUCAUGGGUGUCUCCGAGCUCUGGUCUAUUCUGGAUCCGGUCCGGCAGAGCGUUCCUCUAUACAGUCUGUCAGGAAAGACGCUGGCCGUGGAUCUCAGCCUAUGGGUCUGUGAAGCCCAGCACGUGCAGGGCAUGAUGGGAAAAGUCACUAAACCACAUCUGAGGAAUCUGUUUUUCCGUGUGUCCUCUCUCACUCUGAUGGGUGUAAAGCUGGUGUUUGUGAUGGAGGGAGAAGCUCCAAAAAUCAAAGCGGAGACCAUGAGCAAACGCACAGAGAUGAGAUACGGCAAUCUGCAAUCCUCGAAACCAGCAGCUGUCAAAAACACCAGCAGAGGCAGAUUCAAGGCUGUUCUGAGAGAGUGCGCGGAGAUGUUAGAUUGUCUGGGUGUGCCGUGGGUAACGGCAGCGGGUGAAGCAGAGGCCAUGUGUGCCUUCCUGGACUCGCAGGGCAUCGUGGACGGAUGCAUCACUAAUGACGGAGAUGCUUUUCUUUAUGGCGCUCAGACGGUUUACAGAAACUUUAACAUGAACACAAAGGAUCCUCAGGUGGACUGUUAUCAGAUGUCUCGGGUUCAAUCAGAACUUAAGUUGAACAGAGAGACACUCGUGGGUUUGGCUAUUUUCCUUGGCUGUGAUUACAUCCCUAAGGGUGUUGCAGGUGUUGGUAAAGAACAAACACUAAAACUGAUACACAAUCUGAAAGGACGAUCUCUUCUUCAAAAGUUCAGUGAAUGGGGUUCAGAUUGUGCCGAUAGGUCAGAGGUCGUGGUAAAGAAGGUCACUCACUGUCUGGUGUGUCGUCAUCCUGGCUCUGCUAAGUCUCAUGAGCGCAGUGGUUGUGGGUUUUGUAAGAGUGAGCGUUUCUGCUCACCUCAGGACUAUGACUCUCUGUGUCCGUGCGAAUGGCAUCGCACUGAACACACUCGGCAGGCGUCCUCCAUCGAGACUAACAUCAGAAAGAAGACGCUGGCAUGCGAUCGGUUUCCAUUCACAGAGAUCAUCAAUGAGUUCUUGGUGACGAAGGAUAAACCCACUCCACCCUUCCGGAGGAGAAAACCCAACCUGCUGCUGAUGCAGAACUUUGCUCUGGAGAAGAUGGACUGGCCCAGACACUACAGCAGUGAGAAGGUUCUGGUGCUCUUGACCUACACAGAGCUCAUGAACAGGAAACAUGGCAGAGACACACCUGCUCACAUUCAGCCUGUAAGAAUAUAUAAAGCACGAGUUAGGAACGGAGUCAGUUGCUUUGAAGUGAUCUGGAAGAAACCAGAUCAUUACGUGUUUGCUGAGGGCUGUGAUGAGCAGACAGAAGUGAGAACCAUAGAGGAAGAAUCUCUCUUCAAUCGGGCAUAUCCUCAGAUCAUCCAGGACUUCUACAGAGAGCGAGCUGAAGCUCAGGAGAACAAAACAAAGAAAAAGAAACCAAAAGCAAAGAAAGAAAAGCAGAGUGACUCCCACGAUGUCAUGUCUGAUCUCUUCGCUCAGAUGUCUUUGGCCUCGGACUCCAGUAGAUCUAUAGAGAAACCCAGCAGUGAUGUCACUACGAACCCAUCACAGUGCAAACCACAGCUGAUUCCAGCUUCCCCGACCUCUGUGGCCCAUCUCUCACCGGCCCAGAAUUCUCCGUCUGUGUCUGCUCUGAUUGGCCAGCUGCAGCUCAGCAGUAUAGACUGGGAUGCUUCGUCGUUCGUGGAAUCUCCAUCCCAGCAGUCUCAGACUGAUGACAGAUCUGAACACCCUGUGGCUCCGAUCUCUAGUUUACACGCUGAUAUCGACGUAAAUGAGCGUUCCCUUAAGGAGCGGAUCAUUGUGAAAAAUGUUAUAAAGUCUGACGCAUCGAUAGAUGCCAUGCUGAAGAUUCAAAAACCGAAAAAGUCGGAAAGUUCUGAGUCUAAACUAUGUGACAUCUCAGGUCCCAAAGCACAUUCAAAAGUUCCAAAAACACAACCGAAUAUUGCUGGGAUGAAUGCCAAAGCAUCUACAAACCUAAAGCAUCCCAAGCCAAACACAGCUAAACAUGCACAAGCUACAUCGGCACCUCUGAGCUCUGCACUGAUGCCUCCUCGGAUCAAUCCAGCAUCAUCCAGAGUCCCAUCUGAAAAAAACACUGAGAGAAAACUACCAAGCGUGUGUGUUAGGCAAGAUCCAUUCAGUGAUGACAGUGACACAGAGAAUCGACCACAGAAACACAAAGUCAAGGUCACAUCCAAAUCGCUGAAACCUGACAAAACUGGACCGGCCCUUCCACUUAUGGUAAAGUAUUCACCGAAUAAUGACCAGCUGAGUGCUAAAACCCCAGAAAAACACACUGACAUUAAAUCAACUCAACUUAUCCGACUGCAUCAUGUGAAGACGGACAGCGACGAUUCAGAUGUUUCUGUGGACAGCCCUUUACCUCUGGCUGAAAGACUGAAAAUGAGAUUUGCAAAGUGAUGCAUUUGAAUGGAAUUAAGAAGUAGAAAGUGAAUCAUUUCAUAUGAGACCAUGUUGGAAAAUAAAAUUUGCUAAUAAAUGUAUUAUGUUACGCCAUUUUUGUAAGCAA